AGACCACUUAAGUCCACCGGAGGUCAUUCACAGAAAGUGAUUUACUGGAGCGCCUGCGCGGCAAAUCGUAACAGAGAGAAUGAGCAGACGAGUGGGCGACCUCAGCCCGAAGCAGGUGGACAUUUUAGCCGAGUUUCGGGAGCGGCUUGAGGACAUUCUCCCAGACCUUCCCGCGCAGCAUGAUCACUACCUGCUCCGCUGGCUCCGAGCCCGAAGCUUCAAUGUUCAGAAAGCAGAGGCGAUGCUUAGAAAGCAUCUGGAGUUCAGGAAACACAUGAAAGCAGACAGCAUCAUCGCUGACUGGAGGCCUCCUGAGGUGAUCGAGCGGUAUGUGUCCGGGGGGAUGUGUGGGUACGACCUCGAGGGAAGUCCCAUCUGGUACGAUGUCAUUGGGCCCCUGGACCCCAAAGGUCUGCUGCUGUCCUGCACCAAACAGGACUUCAUGAGGACCAAGAUCAGAGACACAGAGAUGCUCCGCAGAGAGUGUCAGAAACAGACAGAGAAGUUGGGCGUUAAUGUGGAGACGAUAACCCUGAUCUAUGACUGUGAGGGACUGGGCCUGAAGCACCUGUGGAAGCCUGCUUUAGAGGCCUAUGGAGAGAUUCUUACCAUGUUUGAGGAGAACUAUCCUGAAGGACUCAAGAGGGUGUUUCUCAUCAAGACUCCUAAGCUAUUCCCGAUGGCCUACAACCUGGUCAAACACUUCCUGAGUGAAGAGACACGUCACAAGAUCAUCAUUCUGGGAUCUAACUGGCAGGAGGUGUUACUUAAGCACAUUGACCCGGAGCAACUCCCGGUGGCGUACGGAGGAACACUUACUGACCCUGAUGGUGACCCUCGCUGUCGAACCAUGAUAAACUAUGGCGGUACGGUGCCCAGGUCGUACUAUGUUCAGGACAAUAUGGUCAAGGUCCAGUAUGACAACAGUGUGACCAUCAGCCGAGGCUCCGCCUUCACACUGGAGUAUGACAUCACCUCCCCCAGCAGCAUCCUCAGGUGGCAGUUUGCCAGUGAUGGGGCAGACAUAGGCUUUGGGGUGUUCAUGCGGACCCAGGAGGGGGGUGGGGCUCAGAAGGUGGGGGACAUGCUGCAGGUGGUGCCUAGUGAACGCUACAACUCACACAUGGUCCCAGAGGACCGCUCACUCACCUGCCCCGAGCCUGGAACUUACGUGCUGCGUUUUGACAACACCUACAGCGUGCUGCAGUCGAAGAAGAUCAGCUACACUGUCAAUGUUCUACUGCCAGACGGACAAACACAGAGCCCUAGGAGUAUCAGAGGGGGUGGACGGCUGGAGUAACACACACACACACACACACAAAACACACGUACUGACAGACAGACACAGAGCCCUUGGAGUAUCAGAGGGGGUGGACGGCUGGAGUAACACACACACAAAACACACGUACUGACAGACAGACACAGAGCCCUAGGAGUAUCAGAGGGGGUGGACGGCUGGAGUAACACACACACACAAAACACACGUACUGACAGACAGACACAGAGCCCUAGGAGUAUCAGAGGGGGUGGACGGCUGGAGUAACACACACACACAAAACACACGUACUGACAGACAGACACAGAGCCCUAGCAGUAUCAGAGGGGGUGGACGGCUGGAGUAACACACACACACACACACACAAAACACAUGUACUGACAGACAGACACAGAGCCCUAGGAGUAUCAGAGGGGGUGGACGGCUGGAGUAACACACACACACAAAACACACACGUACUGACAGACAGACACAGAGCCCUAGGAGUAUCAGAGGGGGUGGACGGCUGGAGUAACACACACACACAAAACACACGUACUGACAGACAGACACAGAGCCCUAGCAGUAUCAGAGGGGGUGGACGGCUGGUGUAACACACACACACAACACACACGUACUGACAGACAGACAUAGAACCCUAGGAGUGUCAGAGGGGGUGGACGGCUGGAGUAACACACACACACACAAAACACACGUACUGACAGACAGACACAGAACCCUAGGAGUGUCAGAGGGGGUGGACGGCUGGAGUAACACACACACACAACACACACACACGUACUGACAGACAGACACAGAGCCCCAGGAGAGAGGGGCCAGACAUCUGGCAUCACACACAUGCCCACACACAAACACACGAAUAUGAGAUCUGGGGGAGUGAAGAUAGCAACGUAGAGUAUACAGUGCAGUUUAAACACCACUGUUCUCAGUUAUGAGCAUUAGCUAUUAUGACAGGACAUUUUCCAAUGCUUUUCUAGAAAAAAGGAUCUGUACAAGAGUCAUGUUAGAUUUGAGUUAGGACUAUACGUCGUUGUUUUAUAGUAUUGUGUGAAUGGAAUAGCGACAGUUUUCAGCACAGAAAAGACACUUUGUUAUAUAGGAUACAUUAGUUCAAUGUAAAAAGACACAGUGCAUGUGGAAGGAAUGAAGGAAUGAUUAUGAAGUGGAGCAAUGAAUAUAGUUUAGUGUUUUCACUAACGAUGCCUCUCAUUAACAGUUUCAUUAUCAAUUGUAUUAAUUGACAGCUGAUAGAUAGGCUACAUAUAUAGGUUGUUUUACUAUUAUAGCAACCCUAAAGAGAUGAUUCUUACACAAUGUUAAGAUGCACUCAUUGUCAAUAGAUCAGUCAUUCUAGAAAGGCUAUCUCUCAGAAUCGUAAAAUCUUUAUUUUCAAAAUGCAAGUUGAAUCCUGAAAAUGUUUAAGAUGUUUCUUGAUCAGAAUUAUAUUCAUAAUAUUCAAAUUUUGUAGAAUCAUGACAUUUGAAAUGUUCUUGUACCAUGAUUAUUUUUUUGAAUAAUAAAUGUUAUUUGACUGCUCUAUUUUAAAA